AUGCUCUCAAAGAUCACCGCCCUCGCUCUCCUCGCACCCGGCGCAUCCGCAACGGCCCUCCCCCGUAGCGCAGACUGGACCUGGUCCGUCACCGACUUCAGCAGCGUUUGCUCUGCAUCAGCAUGCCGCUACUCCUUCAAUGUCACCACGCCCACCGGUCCCUCCGGCCAACCAGCCUUCAAUGCGGAGUUCCGCUCCGGCACUAGUCUCCAGGGUGGCUACAAAUCUUGCGGUGUAGUUGGGAUUGAUGUACCGGGCGAUGUGCAGACGCAGGAGUUCAACCGCGGGAGUGAUGUCGGUGCGACUGUUAGUGUGCAGUACACGUUUACGCAGGGUGAAGUGAGGUACACGUACACGGGUAACGAGACUGUUAAGCAUACUGGAUUGGGUCCGGCUGUGGGGUUCAGCAUUGUUCCUACGGAGGUGACUGCUGUGGCUUAG